AUGUCAACACGGCACAUCCACCAUGUAAUGUCGAUCUGCUGCCAAUCUGAAGCCAACCCGGAGGCGGAGCCUGGUGGAAGGCAACCAACGAUUGGUCACCUUCCACGAGGAAGAAGGUGGGGGCAGCUCGAGGACCUGGAUGGCUGCCCAGAAGCCUUGCACUUCCUCCUUGGCAUUGGGACUACCCAGCGCCACCUCGGGAGAGAGAAAGUGCACGAGCUGGUUGCCAGCAAGCAUUUGACAGUCCUGCUACAAGAUGAAAUCUUUACUGACUUCUUCAACACAUUCCUGAAUCUUCCGGUAUUUGGUCAGACACCCAUUUUCAUAAGCAACACUCGCACGUGGUAUCUUUGGCCAGAGCUACCAUGCAACCUGGUUUCAAAGCACAAAGGUUUGAUGACCUGGAUGGAAAAACAUCGGCUGCCUUUCUUCUACAAAACCAACUUGUGCCUUCACUAUGUUCUCUGCGAUGAGCUUAUCAGUUUCAUCAGGUCUCCAGAGGCAGCAGCGAUGCUGAGAUGGAGAAAGGCUGACCAGUGGCUUCUCGAGAAAUGCAUUGGUGGCUGUAGGGGAAUGUGGCGCUUCCGUUCCUUCAUGCAAGGAAUGGCAGGGGAAGAGCUGACCAAGUUCUGGUUAGCUGCAGAAAGGAUACUUGGCAUCGAUGAAACCAAUGAAUCCCAGCAAGACCUCUAUAUGUCGCUGAUCCAGGUGCUGAUGGCCACCCACUUGCAGGAAGGCUCUACCGUGGUCACCCUUUGCAACACAACCAUUGAAUCAAUUCUGAAAAUGUCUCCUUACCAUCCUCAACAUGUCUCCACUCGGAGAGAAGUCUUGAGCGAGAUGCAGAAAGUGGCCCUGUUCAAGAUUGAAAGUUACUGGCUCCCCAACUUCUACAUCCAUUGCAAGUUGAGCAUGGAGAACGAGCCCAAAUGCCUCCAUCUGCUGGAAGAGUACCAGGACCGGUUACACCGGGCAGGCUUGCCAAGACCGGUGCUCUCUCCUCUGCCCCCAAUGAGCAUCAGAGAAAGCAGCCUUCUGGACACCACCUAUUCCAGCUUGAAAAGCAAGAGGAAGGUCUGGGAUCAGGUAAGGGGCCAAAGCCUUUCUCGCAAAGGGAAGUACAAAGAAGGCCACAAGAAGCCAAAGCCAUGUAGAAGUAGCCCAGCAGACAAGAAGCAGACUCCCUCUCCAAAGCAUUCCCCCAUUCCAAGCCCUUGUCAAGCAGAAUAUGUCAGGGAUUCAGACGAUGUGGUCAUUUCUGAUGAGUCGCCGAGUUACAAAAGCAGCCCGAGUGAGUUCCUGCCUACUCCUGUGGUAGACGAGGUAGUGGAGAAGUGUGCCUUCAGUAAACUGCGCUCUUCCACUCCAGUGGUCCAGAUCCCUUCCAUGCUUGGCCUAAAAAGCCUUGUGAAGUCCCCCUUGUGUUUAAACUUUCUUCCUUGGGUGCUCACUGCUGACAAAUGUGCGGGACGUCCCUUCCGGGAGUUUUUGCUGCGAAGGAAUUACGCAGUGGAGGUGCAUCUCCUUGACCUCUGGCAUGACCUGGAGGACUUUUUGCGCAUGAUGUUAUGCUCCCUGGGGGAAGGCAACAUCCUUCUGCGUCAUGUGAUGGGCGAAAGGAUAUGUGAGCUGUACCUGACUCAGGGCAGCAACUGGCACCUUCCUUUGAAACUAACGACGCUCAAGAACUUGCAGGAACUCCUGCCUUCUGGACACGUGAUACCUUGGGUACUAAAGGCACAGAAGGAAAUCUGUAAGAUACUCAGCUUCCUCUAUGAGGAGUUCCUUCAGCAGGAUGACAAGAUGUUCCUGUAUUAUGUGAGCGGCAAGGAAAAGAAACCUGGCCAAGAAGAGCUUAAUGAAAAGGAAGAGGUCCUCCGGCUGGUCCGAAGGAUCAUUGAAUCUGUGCAUCUGAGCCAGGCCUUGGCGGGAAUGAAAGACUUUGAUCCACUUACUGGAGAGCACUGGCAAUUGCUGGGCAGCCAGGAUCUGCGCAUGGGGGGCUCUGUCUACAUGGAAGUGGAGCCUGUUGUGCGAAAGCUGGAUUACAGCAGCAUGGCAUUUGAGGAGCUGGCCCGGCUGAACCCGAAGAUGGCCGUGGAACUUCUUAGUAAGAACUUCCGGACAUUCUGCAAGAGGUGUCCAUCAGGCGGAGUGUUCGCUCGGCCAUUGGCGGGGAGAAGGAGCCUCCACUGGACCAGGUCAAGUUUGUCCUUUAUGAGGAAGGGACCAGCCACAAGAAAGGCCCUCGUAAAGCCCAGAACCUUUUCGGAGGUGCUGUCGAGUCCCCUACACCUGGACUACUUCCGGCACUUCCUCAAGAUGCACUCUGCCGAAGCCCCGCUCCUUUUCUGGAUGGCUGUAGAAGAGCUCACGAAUGAGCCCAAUGCCAGGGUCCAGCGUGCUCAGAUCAAUGACUGUGUCAGGACGUUCUUCUUCAAUGCUAUCCCACCUGAAAAGCUGCUGCAGUGCAAUGCUGACAUUAUCAAAGACAUCCCAAGGGCAUAUCUAGUCACUGUACCCAUGUUGGUCACAGCACAAAUAGAAGUUAUGAAGAUCCUGGAAGAGAAAUGGUUUAAAAUGUAUCAAGGCUUAUACCCUGAGACUGAUCUUUCGUUUGUCCCACCAAGUGGGAAGUCAAGGAGGCCUUCCAUGAUAAAAGAUAAGAUGAAAAGGUGCUGGUAUGCUCUUGGCUCCUUCGUCAGGACCGUUUGCAGGUUCCGAAAGGCGAUGAGUUACGUGGUGCAUCGCAAACUCUUUGAAGAAUUCCUCCAUCGGGAACGAAAAAACGACAAGGAAAAUCUGCCAAGCCCAGGCACUCAGAGACGGAUGAGCACAAGUACACCUAGUGGGCGGCCCGGUGCAUAUUCCACCGGGACAGAUGACAUUGAGGUGGUACAAGCAAAGCGUAAGAUCUUUGGCAGCCGCAUCAUCUCAGUCAACUUCCUGGUCAACGAUCUCUAUUUUUACCUGGAGAUGGAGAAGUUUUUUCACCUGGCUGACUCAGUGGUCGUGCUGGCUUCUCUUGGGUUGUACACGGAAAAAGACAUUGCCUUCCUGAAAACCAAAGUGGCCACCAUCAAUAAACUCUUUUUGAAUUCAGAUAUCCCACCUAAACUAAGGGUUAACCUCACAGAUGCACAAUGUAUUCAAAUCCGGAAUUUAAUUGCUGAAGGUGUGCUGAACAGGACUCUUUAUCAUGGUGCAAUUGUCUCCAUCUUCCCAGUUUUGUUAUUCUUCUGGAAGAAAUUUUGCCAUUGGAAAGUAAUGAAGGGCUUCAAAAAAGUUAAGUCAGAUAAACCAGUAAUUUCUCCAUCUCCUCCUUCUGCAAAGCCAACUAGGAAGCUCAGCUGCUUCAGUGGAGAAGAUCAUCCAAUCAUCAGGUAUACUGUUCUCAGAGGAAUCCAGCUACUGCUGCCUCAGCCUAAAGAAGAAGUGGAGGAAUUACCUGGAGAGAAAUCUUCUUUAGGAAGUAUAGGCCAUUUUAGGAAGUCCUCAUCUGUCAUCUGUACAUCCCAGAAACGGUAG